AAAAAAACCAAAAAAACAAAAACAAACAAACAAAAAAGAGAAGCCAGAUAAAAGGUCCCAUAUUGUAUGAUUUCAUUGAUACGAAAUACUUGGAAUAGGUACAGUACAUCCAUAAACAGCAGAUUGGUUUCUCCAGGGGCUUGGAUGGGAAAGUAUAGGAAGUCAUUGCUUAAUGUGAAUAGGGUUUCCUUGUCCUAGCACCAGAGGUAGUUGCAAAGCAUUCUGAAUAUACCACUAAAUAGUUCACUUUAAAAUGGCCUCUCUUUUUUUUUUGAGAUGGUGGUCUCACUGUGUAGUUGAGGCUGGUUUUUAACUGUGUAGCCCCAGGCUGGCUUCAAACUUGUGGCAAUCUUUCUGUCUCAGCCUCCCAAGUGUUGGGAUUACAGCUGUGUGCCGCUAUGCAUGGCAUAAAAUGGCUAAUUUUAUGUUAGGUGAGUUUCACCUGAGUAUUUUCAUUUUGUUUUGUUUUUACAUUUAACAAGAGUACUAGAGACUGGAGUACUUUGAAAUUCUGAUCUUAAUUUUGUCAUUACUAUAAAAUUGGUCACUGAUUUCUUAAAUACAAAAAGAAGGGGUUGGAAAGAUAUACAUGAUAUUUCAGUCUACAAAAUAAACUCCUAGAAAUCCUAACUCCUGUGUUGGGAAUAUUGGUCUGGUAUAGUACACCUACAAAUAGUGAAAGGAACUUGUAUCCUCAUGUUCAGGUCAGGAAAACCUAUGGGUGGGUCUGGCCCCAUUAAAAAUCAGACUGAAGUGAUUUGGUAGCUGAGAAGUCAUAAAGACAAUUUUUUGGGUAAUUCUUAGAAAUGCAGUUUUUUGCCUGCCUGGAUCAGAAGUACUCAGUAGUAGAGCUCUGCCUCUGACAGGGCGUGUGGUGCUAGGUAAUCUCAGUUUGGUUAGUGAGAGAUGUAUGUAGUUGGGUUUAUGUACCUCAAGGUUUAUUUUAAGAAAUCUAGAUGUUUCGGCCCUAGAUAAGGGACAGUGAUAUUUAGCUGGGGCUCUUUUCAAAUUUAGUGAAAAGGGAGAGUUUCUUUGAAAUGAGGUCAUGUGUGUUUGGUCAUAUUUCUGAAGUAGAGCAUGAAAGGGAGGCCAUCCUGGCCUAAGGACACCUCUGAAACCUGUUGCCAGUGGAAAUUCAUCUGCUGCAAAGAUACCUGUAACCUGAAUUUGAAUGAGAGAGGUGCUAAAUCUCACCAUCACAAGUGACCUCAGCGUACUUGUGACCUCAGCACACUUGUGACCUGACAUACACGUCAUCAUACAUAAGCCCUCCUACAUAAGCCUUCGUUCUUCCAGGGUAGGGAGCCAAAUUGAUUGGUAUGUAUCACUGCAGGGUAUGGUGGCUUUGAAAUGGACAUACUAGAAGACCUUAAGUCCCUGCAGUUUGAGUAUGGGAUUUCAGAGGAAGAUCGUUCCUGGCUUUAUUUGCGGGGCCGUUCUCGGGGACUAUUGAUUGAGGCCUGUGCCCAUGCAGUGUUCUUCUGCAAAAUAUGCCAUACUUUCAGAGAAUCAAUACAGGAGAAUCAAAAUUCUAGAUCAUUACCAGUUGAAUCAGUUGAUUUGGCCUCUGCUGACAAUGAGAAGUUAAAAGUGGGCAUCAUUGGAGGCGGCCAUCUUGGGAAGCAGCUGACUUGUGCACUGCUGCAGCUCGUCCCCAUCCCUGCUGAGAAUCUGCGCAUCUCCACUCGGAGGCCAGAGGCCUUGACUGAGUUCCAGAAAUUGGGGAUCCAGUGCUUUUACCAUAACGCUUAUCUGGUAGGUUGGGCCAACGUACUAUUCCUCUGCUGCUUGCCAUCUCAGCUGCCGAAUAUCUGCUUAGAAAUUCAAAAGAGCCUGAAGAAGACCUGCAUUGUGUACAGCUUUGCAGCCGCCAUCCCACUCCCCAGGUUGAAACUACUACUAAACACCACCAGUAUUUUGCGGCCUAAGUAUCAGUGUGCUGAGGAUUUUGACAACAUCUGGGGAGCCAAUAAGGAAAUCACCGCUGCUCUCCAAGAUGCUGUGAUUCUUCGGGCUACCUGCCCUUACAGUCCUGCUGGGGGAAUAACCCUUAAUAUCAAAUGGUUGGAGGGAGUAUUCUAUGCAGUCCUAAACAUCUGCACAGCAAGCAACAUGCCGUAUUUACAAGUGCUGCAGCUUCUGAAUAAAGUGUUUCUUUCUGUGCACUAUGAAGACUGUAAAACAGAUGAAACAUCUUGCCCCAAAUUUCAGUUAACAGAUUUUGUCAAUGCAGUCUAUAUGAGGAACAUGUUUCAGCAAAGGCCUUUCCCCUGGUUUGAUCUGAUUGAUGUGCAACUCAAGGAAAAUCCCUUUAGCCAGUGUCUCUCAAGCAGUCCUGUUCUCCGAGACCAUCUGACCCAUCUGUAUUGUGAUUUCUUUGGCAUUUCCCUCGUCAAUGAAGACCAGCCAGUGGUUUCCAUGGAUUCUCCAUCCCAGUAAGAGAUCUCAGGGAUGAGGUGGAUUUUUUUCCCUCUCACAGAUUUGCUCUAUGUGGUUAUAUCCUGAUUAUUACAGUUGACAAGUAAUAACAUGACUGCAUUAUGUUUGAAAAUUGUAUUGGUGGAUCUUUCAAAUGUAGAAUAAACAAGAAGUCCUAUACAUCAACGUAUCUGACUGUGUCUAACUUUCAGAAAUGACCAAACUAUAAACCUAAUGCCCAUUAAUAAACCAGAAAAGCCUUAACACAAAUUAUUUCUCUUCUAAAAGUUAAAUUCAAGAAGUUACCAUUGAUAUUGUCCUACCACUUUGUAAUUCG